AGUCAGUCACGUUUUCCUGCUAUCCAACCACGCUUUAAACUCUUCCAAAAUAGAUUCUCUAAAACCAUCUCUGAAACUUUUACUUAAAAUGACGAUAACAGCGUCGAAUACGUUGGAGUUCAAAUGGACGUCACCAAGGAGCUCGAGAUCGUCAUUCAGAACAACGACAGAUGCGGAACAGAAAAUAUCAAUUGACAUGAGUAAUACUUACUGUGAUCAGGUUUUGGGGCCUCUGUACUCCUAUAUGAUGGUGUUGGGACUUAAUCACACUCACAGUAGCGCUCGGAAUACAAUGUUUAAGUGGCCAUUGACAAUCUACAAUUAUCUCACUCUAGCCAUAUUGACAGCGGCCACAAUUCGACGCAUUUCACAAAUCAAACAAAAAUCGGCAACAAAUGAGGAAAAAGAUGCUGCUUUUCAUGUGCUAAACCCGACGUUUGUGCUCACGUUGUGUCAUGCUUUGCUAAUGUUCAGUGGUCUUGCUGCCGGAUUCCUUUUGCUAAAGUUGCAAAAGCAAAGAGAGAAAAUGUACCACGUGUUAGAUCAAGGGUUGGGUAGGAAUAGAAAUGAAGAACAUGACAGUCAUCAUUUCAAGCUGAAUAAGUUAUUUAUAUCAAUCAGUUUUUCGUUUGCAGCUGCAUUAUCCUUUGUACAAAUUGCUACAAAAAUGAGAUAUCUUGAUCUCCCUGACACUCCUGAUCUGAUUAACAGAAAAAUCUACUUUGUGAUUCUUGAAGGAUACGUGAUUUUCAUCGCUUCCAGUUGCAUUUCAUUAGUCGCAAUAUUAUUUUUUCAACUAUGUAGAAUACUCCAAUUUUCGAUAGGACAACUAAUAGAAGAAAUGGUGCCUAAAGAAAAAGAAGAAUGCCCACUACCAGAACAAUCUUUACAACAAAUUCACGAUGUUCAAAUUCAUUACCAAGAAAUUUCCAAUGCUAAGCUGUAUAUAGAACAGAAUUUCUCAUUUUCACUGUUUUAUACCUACGGCUGUUGUAUUCCGCUGACCUGUCUGUUGGGCUACAUUGCUUUUCGAAAUGGAAUUCAGGCUGAUAUGGCGGAAACUUUUUCUGUGGCAAUAUGGCUCACUAAUACUAUGUUAGCAUUGAUGCUUUUCUCGAUUCCAGCUUUUAUGAUUGCUGAAGAGGGCGACAAACUUCUAACCGCUUCUUUCAAAAUGUAUCACGAAACUCUAUGUGAGGAACGUGAUCUUCUAGUUUUGUCUCAAAUGAGUUUUCUUUCGUUUCAAAUGCAUGCUACAAAGCUUACUCUCACCGCCGGGAAUUUCUUCAUGAUGAAUCGCAAAAUUAUGAUCAGUUUGUUCUCUGCAAUUUUCACAUAUUUUCUUAUUUUGGUACAGUUUGAUGCUGAAAAGGAGCGAGCCGGAGAAUGCAAUAAUCAAUCUCGUGUGCUCAUUGUCCAACCACCUGUGUAAAUAAAAUUGUCUUAACAUUUUCCCCAUAUUGAGCCAACUUCAAUUAGUUUCCAAUAUGUUCAUUUGUAACUACGCAAUGUAUUUGACAAAUUGUUUAUUCAUGUCUCCUAAAUACAAGAAAGAAAGUCAUUU